AUGGCAGCGCGGGUAAUCCUGAACGAUAAUACCAAGACGGACAUUGUGGGAUGGGGCCCAACUGAGGACAAAGUUUUCUCGAUUAAGUCUGCAUACGACUUAAUGAUCCCCGAUAACAAAGGACUCGACAAGGAAGAUUGGGGCGGCAUUUCGAAGCUUCGCACCCCCAAUAGAAUUCGUUCGUUCAUCUGGCUGGGAAACAAGGCGGGUACAAGGAUAACAAAAGGAGCGCAAGAUUCGCAAUCAGUGCAUGGUGGAUUUGGAAAUGCAGGAACAAUGUUGUGUUCAACGGGAUUGAGAAGGCAAUUGACGAAAAGGUGGAAUGGCUCCAACGACAGUUCAAAGAAACUAAAGCAGCAAUGGAUAAAAGCUAAAGAAACUAAAACAGCAAUGGAGAGAAGCUCUGGCCUAAGGGGAAGAAAGAGUAGAGACAACAGACGCGAACAACCUUGGAAACCGUCGGACAUAGGAUGGAUUAAAAUAAACACGGAUGGGUGCGCUGGUAAUGGAAACCUGGCAACAUGCGGAGGAGUGUUCAGAGACGAGAAUGCCACCUUCCUAGGAGCGUUGGAGGCAGAAUUAUGGGAUAUGUAUAUGGGCAUGGAAAAGGCCUAG